CCUCCAGCCUUGGAGCAGCCCCCGCUGGAGAGGCUGAUCCUGACCCCCGAAAUCCCCCCGGACGCCGUUCAGGAGGGGAGCCUGUGUGGUUUACCACCCCUGGGGAGGAGGUGGAUGGUGGGAAUCUUCGUGGGGUUCAUCAUCUCCCCGAGCCAGUUCUACGUCCACGCCUGCAGCAGGGACACCCCUGAUGAGCUGCUGGACAUGAUGAUUGAGCUGAGAAACUGUUACUCAGAUAAGCGUCUGUGCGAUCGCUACGUCCUGCCCGAGUCCUCGGUGAGGUCUGGUCAGCUCUGCUGUGUGAUGGCUGCCUGCUGGUGGUACCGAGUUGUCAUCCACCGUGUGAUCGGUCCCCAAGAAGUAGAGGUCUUCUACACAGAUUAUGGAAACCUCGAAAUUGUCCAAAAAUCCUGUCUGAGAUUCCUCAGGCAGCGUUACCUGAAGCUCCCUGCUCAGGCCAUCCCCUGUUCCUUGGCAAGGGUACAACCUGUGGAGGGCAGGUGGUCCAGUGCAGCAACUCUGCUGUUCAAGGAGCUGUGUGGCUCCAGCAUGCUCGUGGGCAUCGUGGAUGAGUACAUCAGUGGCAUCCUGCACCUCUUCCUGUGUGACACCUCCACCAGGCAGGAUGUCUACUUCCACCACGUCCUGAGAGACAGGGGACACGCUGACAUCUGCAGGGAGAACCUUCCUUCCCAGGAAUUCAUGGAGCUGAACCCUUUGGCCUUGUAUGUUCAGCCCCGUGGAGAGCAGAGGGAUGCUGAACUGGUGGAGCCAGAGCUUGGCUUGCAGCAGGAGUCUCUGGGAGCAGAUAGUGAAACAAGGAGCUCAAAGGUGGAGGAGGAGGGACCUUGUGAGCAGCAACAGCACCUCUCUGCUGAGGAGGAGAUGCAGGAUGAUGUGCAGCCACUUUUGGAUGAAGACAGGCUUCCAAGAACAGACCAGGACCCUGAACUGGCAGAGGAGGAUACAAAGGGAACUUCUGCAGAGCUCAUGGCAGUGGUUCAG